CCUCUACAGAACAAAUUUACAAAAUGGGAGACGUGCUACUUCGCUUCUUCCGAAGCACGCUGCCAGACGAACUCGCCGCCGCUCUCGAGGAUGUCCUCAAAGCUACCGAAACUGGAGACUUUUUGACCGUUUUCCAGCACCCCAAAGUCCAGGUGCUACUUGGACAUCAAGACAUCGCGGCCACCCAAGAUGUCCAGUUGAAGGACUUUCCGCUGUGGAGCGACUACAUCUUCCAUCGCUUAGGCCUCAUUCUAUCGAAAAGAAAUGAAGAGCCGGGAACUCCGGUGCGGGAAACGGCUGCGUAUCGUCAGCAUCUGUUUUUCCUGGUGGCUGUAGCCGCGUUAUACGCCUUUUUGCAGGCGAAUGUCACGGGUCCGCCGCUUCCUUUCAAAUCCGCGGAUGUCUUGCUCCCCAGGGAUGUAGCAUCGAAGGUGCCCGCACUGAGCAAACUGAGAGCAGAACUUGUUGCUUCGAUGGGCGCGGAUGGGAUCGCGGCAUAUAAGCUCACGCCGAACAUCGAGCUGCUGUGUCUCGCGGAGAGCAUUCUGAUUUGCCCGCCCGUUCAGAAGAAUGUCCAGACUUCGGUGUGGGCGAGACUCAGGGUGAACUUCGUUCAUCAGCGGCUGCUUUCGGAAGUUGCGCCUUCGCUUCAGAAGGCUAUCUAUGAAGACUUGGAUGCGCUUGAAGGCUUGAUACUCUAUUCACGGUUUGGGAAAGAGAUCAAGGAUCUACAUGUUCAUUUCUUGCUGGAACGAGCUUCUAUACAGACACACCAUGGACUGGAUAAGAAAGCGAGAGCGGAUCUCGAGCAGGCUACUUCGGAGAGGAAGUUUGAAUUUGCUAUUACCGGCAUGAUGGGAAAGAGGACAAAGUUCCAGGAGAAGGACACGAGUCAGUUGCUCGUGCUCGCGCGAAGUUCUAGCACGGAGGCGACGGACGGGACGUCCGCAUCCAGUGAAGCAGGAGGAGGAACGUCGAAGCCGGAGAAUCUGGAUCUCAACGAUGACACAGUUCUGGAAUCGAUUUCUUUUACGUCGACGUCGGCGUCGACGGAGAUCAAGAAUGCGACCUCCCUGGCCCCUGGCCUUGCGGCUUUGGACCCGUCUAAUCAGCCCAUGCUGGAUCCUCUUGACUCGGUCAUCCUUCUUGCGACGGCUUCAUCGAUUACAAACACAAAUCCUGCGGACGGUCUCACGAGAGAAGAGACUCUUCCAUAUGCGACCCGCGUGCUCGAGGGAGGGAGCUCAAACUGGCAGGUCUACACCCAGGCCCUGCUUGUUCGCAGUCGGAUUGAAGGCUACCGCUCGCGCACCAUGGAGCGAGGUCUUCUCCAGCUACAAGCUCUCGUCGAUCAAGUCAUUGCCGAGACGUCUGACACAGAGACUGCUUCAACGGCACACGGGGAGAAGAGCGACGAUGACCAUGUAGCAUCUUUCCUGCCAAAAGCAAAGGAAGGCGAAUCCGCGCCCGUAGAGGAGCGCCUACGCUACGUCUUCUCCCUCUGCUCGCCCUCGCGCUGGGAACUCGAAGCCGAGCUAGCUGCGCGCUGGGUCAGCGUUGGCGGUCUGCGGUCCGCACUCGAAAUCUACGAGCGGCUGGAAAUGUGGCCUGAAGCAGCCUUAUGCUGGGCAGCUACAGACAAGGAGGACAAAGCCCGCAAGAUCAUCCGCCGCCAACUCUUCCAUGCCACGAAGGGCAAUAACACCGCUACCGAUCUCGAAGACGAAACCUGGGAAGGAGCUGCUCGAGAUCCACCACCCGCAGAAGCGCCGCGACUGUACUGCAUUCUCGGCGACCUCGACAAAGACCUCUCCUGGUACGAAAAAGCAUGGGAAGUCUCAGGCAAACGCUACGCCCGCGCCCAGCGCUCUUUGGGCCAACACUACAUCGCGCAACACGACUACGCCAAAGCUGCAGAAGCAUACUCCCUGUCUCUUAAAAUCAACGCCAUGAGCCACCCCGCCUGGUUCGCCCUCGGCUGCGCAUACCUAGAACUCCAGCGCUUCAAAGACGCCGUGGAGGCCUUCUCGCGCUGCGUCCAACUCGAUUACCAGGACGCAGAGGCCUGGAGUAACAUGGCCGCCUCCCUCCUCCACCUACGCCCCAAGACGCAAUCUACCGCCGCCGACGACGACGGGGACGGAGACGAGAACCCAGAGGUCCGCGUGACUAGCCAUCCACGCACCGACGCCCUCAGAGCCUUCAAGCGCGCCGCCGCCCUCAAGCACGACAACCACCGCAUCUGGUCCAACGUGCUCGCCGUCGCGGCCUCCACCACGCCUCCCUCGUGGCCCGACAUCGUCACCGCACAGCGCCGCAUCUGCGAGCUCCGCGGCGCCACCGACGGCGAAUCCUGCGUCGACGCCGAGAUCCUAGACCUCCUCGUGCGGCACGCCAUCCAAUCCUCCGCAGACGACGGCUUCGACGUCUCCAAACCCGGCCUCCCGCGCCUCGUCAACGAGCUCGUAGAAAAGCACAUCAAGCCGCUGAUCACCUUCUCCCCGCGACUCUGGACCAUCCUGUCGACGCUGUACAUGCACACGAACCGGCCCGGCUCGGCGCUGGAGUGCCACGAGAAGGCGUGGCGUGCUGUGACGAGCCAGCCGAACUGGGAGAGCAAGACGGAGAAGGAGUGGGAUGCGGUGGUGGCGCAGACGAUUGAUCUUGUAGAUGCGUAUGAGACGCUGGGGCCGCGGGAGAGGACCGAGGGGCUGGCGGCGGGCAGUGGGGAGCUCGUGGCUAGGGACUGGAAGUUCAAGGCUAGGAGUGCGGUGAGGAGCGUUAUGGGGAAGGGGAGGGAGGCGUGGGAGGAUAGUAAGGGGUGGGAGGGGCUCAAGGAGAGGCUGGCUGAGCUUAAGGGGAGGGAAUGA